AUUUAUUAUAGAGAAAGCUACGGAAUGCUUGUCUGCAUCCCGGUUGAUGGCAGUGAGAUUUCGGUCUGCUGCUAGCUGCCUGCGCUACGGAAUUUAGCACGGAUCUUGCAGGCAGCGAUUCCGUGUAGCGUCUUCUCAAUGUGCAUGACACAUUAAGCUAUUGGCCAUCGACAAAGGUGUGUUGAGGAAUACGCGCUCGUUGGCUUUCCAAAGUUGGGUGAAAUCAGGAGGACCUCUAGUACAGAACCUUGUGAUGCUUAUGAUGAUUAAAGAUUUCAUCACAUCGCCUGUCCUCUCUUGGUCUACUAACCCAGUUGUGUGUUGUUAAACAUUUCUCCACUUUCCCGUCGAGAGUCACGAUGAUCAUUCGGUCCAACCCAAACCUGCCCUUUGGGACAAGAACCCCCCAUAACCAAGCUCAUCAAAUGAUAUGAUAGUAGCUACCUGGAUCAGUUACUGUGCCUGCAGGAGCCUUGCACAGGUUCUGCUAUUCCUUUUCUCCACAAACACCUUUUCUUCCCCGUGGGAGACCCUUGCCUUUGUGCUUGCUGGCCCUGGAACCAUGGGUAAUAGCUGUGUGUGUCGAGAGGAUAGCGAUGUUGAGGACCAUCACCACGGGACAUCGAGAGGAGCCCGAGGACAAGCCAGGCGGGUGGAUCACGGGACGGGCACAGCUGUCGAAGUGGGAGAGUCUCGUAGCAGUCGCCCAAGGGACCCGGUUAGACCCCCACGCAGGGGGCGCGGCCCCCACGAGCCACGGCGGAAGAAGCAAAACGUGGAUAGCCUGGUGCUGGACACGCUGGCUGUCAUCAGGACCCUUGUAGACAAUGAUCAAGAACCGCCUUAUUCCAUGAUCACUUUACACGAGAUGGCAGAGACGGAUGACGGCUGGCUAGAAGUUGUCCAGUCUCUGAUUCGAGUGAUACCAUUAGACGACCCACUUGGCCCUGCAGUCAUCACCUUGCUAUUGGAUGAGUGCCCCUUGCCCACUAAGGACGCACUCCAGAAACUGUCAGACAUGCUGAGUCUGAGUGCAGCCGUGGCCCAACAGGAUGCUCUUACUCCCGCCAAACACAGAAACACCACAGCUGUCCUCGGGUGUUUGGCUGAGAAACUGGCUGGGCCAGCCAGUAUUGGACUCUUGAGCCCCGGAACUCUCGAAUACCUUCUAGAGAGCAUGAGCUCUGAGGCGCAUCCCACCGUCAUGCUGUUUGCUCUGAUUGCCUUGGAGAAGUUCUCUCAGACCAGUGAGAACAAGCUGACAGUAUCCGAGUCUUGUAUUAACAAGAGACUGGCUGUGUUGGAAUUGUGGGCUGAGCACACCAACUAUCUAAAGAGGCAGGUUGGAUUCUGCUCACAGUGGAGCUUAGACAACCUGUUCCUGAAAGAAGGGCGCCAGUUCACUUACGAGAAGGUCAAUCUCACGCAUAUCAACGCCAUGCUCAACAGCAAUGACGUCAGCGAGUACCUCAAGAUCUCCCCGAGUGGAUUAGAGGCCCGGUGUGAUGCGUCCUCCUUCGAGAGUGUGCGCUGUACGUUUUGCGUGGAUUCAGGUGUGUGGUACUAUGAGGUGAUAGUCAUUACAUCAGGCGUGAUGCAGAUCGGAUGGGCCACCAAGGACAGCAAGUUCCUCAACCACGAGGGCUACGGGAUUGGCGAUGAUGAAUACUCGUGUGCAUAUGAUGGCUGCAGGCAGCUCAUCUGGUACAAUGCUCGCAGUAAACCUCACGCUCACCCCUGCUGGAAGGAGGGAGAUGCAGUCGGCUUCCUGCUGGACCUCAGCAAAAAGCAGAUGAUCUUCUAUCUGAAUGGGCAUCAGCUGCCACCAGAGAAACAGGUCUUCUCCUCUGCCACGUCCGGCUUCUUUGCGGCAGCCAGUUUCAUGUCAUACCAGCAGUGUGAAUUUAACUUUGGUGCCAAACCUUUCCGCCACCCGCCCUCAGUCAAGUUCAGCACCUUUAACGAAUUUGCUUCGCUGCUACCAAGUGAAAAGAUUAUCCUACCGAGACAUCGGCGACUGGCUUUACUGAAACAAGUUAGCAUCCGUGACAACUGCUGCACACUCUGCUGUGACACCAUGGCUGACACAGAGUUGAGGCCCUGUGGACAUGGGGGUAUGUGUAUGCAGUGUGCCUUACAAUUAGAAACGUGUCCCCUCUGUCGCCAAGACAUCCAGACUCGCGUCAGACUCAUUGCACAUGUCUCCUGACACUCUUCCUGUGAGGAUAGAUGCACAAGCCCUACUGCCACCUCCCCCUCCAAGCCCCCUAUGGCCCAGCAGGCUUGGAGGACGGUGCCGCAGUGAACGUAGCAGAACUGCACGUUCUGGUCAGACGAGGCCUUGGUGGAAGGGUGAUGAUAGGAAACGGAGGAGAUGAGCAGAUUGGAAACAGCAGAAUUCCCGUGAGCUUACCCCUUAUUUAACGACACCUCCUCUCGUGUUCUUCCGAGCAGAAGCAAGACUCGAAUCCUCUUGAACUGUGUGGAUACACUAAAGGAGCGGGUCAAAACUAAGUAAUGAAGAUUACAUCAAACGUCUCAUCUGCAAGACCCAGUUAGUGGACCGGACCUCUUUUUACAAAUGAAGAUGUAGCCCUUAUAGAGGCCACUGUUUUGGGUUCUGAAUGAGCAGGGUAGUCGUAAUCAAUUCAGUCAUGAAUACAGUGUUAACUAUAAGGUACAGACAAAUGUGAGGUAUUUCACUUUAUAUGACUGGGUGUGAAUCUGCAAUUCAUUGUGUUUCGAAGGUAGCAUUCUCCGUGUCUUUGCUCCAUGUCAUACCAACGCCUCUCAGUUAAUGUCCCUUCCUGAUGCUGAACCAUGACCCAUUAUGUGGACUUUUCAUAAAUAGGGACGAUCUGAUGCAGUAAUGUCAACAGACCAAAAACAUGCAGGUCUCACUUAAUUUACAAAGAGGAAUGACUUAGACGACUGCCCAUACAGUAAGCAACCUUCAAUUUGGUACUGUAAUGAUUUGAAAUAAUCUCUGCUUGCUUGUUGUGUAUUAUUUUGAAGUCUUAGAUUGACCUUUGCGUGCAGUGGUGUAUGUCAGUAAGGACCACAAGUACAUACUAAAGAUGCUCCCAGAUGUGGAUAACAGCGAUAAUAAACUUAAGUCGUACCACCCCAGUGAGUCUUUAGUUUUCUUAAUUAGGUUGACACAUAAAUGUGGCAUCGCUACAAUGUUACUUUCUAGAAGAGUGCAACCCCCACCCUUAAAAAAAGUAACUUAUUUUGUCAUCACUGUGACUUUACAGUAAUGCAUGAUAAAUAUGAUUUGGACUGGGCUGUCAAAUAGCUCUGAAACCUACCGGUAUAUUAAAAAAUACCCCAAGUGUUUCUCCAAAUGUUGUGGCAUCUGUGUGUAACUAUCUUUUUUUAAUGCACUUUGCUACAAAUCAUUGCACUCCUUUAGGAAGUCUGCUAGUUUACAAAACUUUCUCAAAUGUGCUCUAUCAUCUUGGUUACAAGCAGUCGUGACCGCUUCAGACUAACCCUUUACAAUAGAUACCAUGUUUACUGCCCAGCUUUAGUUGAAGCAUCUCCGGCUUGACUUGUUUUUUGAGGAAGAUUCUCUUUUUGUGGCUUAUCUGAAGACGUGUUUUAAUUGUUAAUAAAAUCACAGCCGAAAUGUAUUCAACAUAUGCAUGAGCUCAGUCUAUAAAAAACAUCUAAAGUAUACUAGGAGGAUUUCAGACGAUUACUUGAAUUGGUCAGUGAGACAAGUAAGUGCUUGUCUUGUUACUGUUUGCUAAUUUGGAGCACCUUAAAAGAGUAUCUGAGGGGAAUAAUGAGUUGGAUGGCUGGGGAUGAAAUUCAGGAUAAAAUUGUGAAAUAUUGUUUGGAAAAAAUAAUUGAGGAAUUCCCAAAGAUGCGAUUUAUCAAAGAAUUAUUGUAUCCUUGAUUGUGCUAUUUGUAAUAAAUGUUCAUGUGAUGUUUGUGUGUCUUUA